AUGAAUGAGAGGAAGGAGUGUAACGAGAAAGCUUUUGGUGGCAUUUUAGCUAAACAGCCAUUUGGGGAGAUUUUGGAGUACCGCCAGCUGAAUGUUAUUCAUCGGGCUUCACGUCCAUCACGGCCAGAUAAAGCACGGCGGCUUGGAUAUAAGGCAAAACAAGGGUAUGUUGUCUACCGUGUUCGUGUACGCCGUGGAGGCCGGAAGAGGCCAGUGCCUAAGGGAGCAACAAACGGAAAGCCUACUAAUAUGGGUGUAAACCAGCUUAAGUAUCAAAAAAGCUUAAGAGUUACAGCAGAGGAGCGUGUUGGGAGAAGAUGUGCAAAUCUGAGGGUUUUGAAUAGUUACUGGGUUAAUCAGGAUUCUACUUAUAAGUAUUAUGAAGUGAUUCUUGUUGAUCCAAAUCAUAAAGCGAUUCGACGGGAUCCUCGUAUUAAUUGGAUUGUGAAUCCUGUUCAUAAACGCCGGGAAGCUCGUGGUCUUACUGCAAUUGGAAGAAAGUCUAGAGGUGUUGCAGGAAAAGGACACUUAUAUAACAAUAGUUCCUGCGGGAGAAGGAAGAUUUGGAAGAGACAUAACACAUUAUCUCUACGUAGAUAUCGUUAG